AUGCGGGCCGCACUGCUCUUCGCGCUCGGCUGCGCGUUCCUGGCGGCGGCCGCCGGCGCCCGCCCCGCUGCAGCCGGAGGGGCAGCGUCGCCCGUCGGUCCCCAGCGCCUGUCGCAGGAGCCCGGCAGCGUGGGGCAGCUGGCCCCGGCCUGCGCCGACAGCGCGGUCGAGUGGCUGUACCCGGCCGGGGCGCUGCGCUCAGCCUGGGCGGCCCCGGCCUGCGCGGGCCGCCGGGUCUUCGCGGAACGCGCGGGCGGCACCCUGGAGUUGCUUCUGGCCGAGGGUGCGCGCCCGGCCGGCAGCCGCUGCGUGCCGGGGCCCCGCGAGCGCCAGGCCCUCUUCCUGCGGGCCACCCCGCACCGCGACAUCAGCCGCCGCGUGGCCGCUUUCCGCUUGGAGCUGCGCGCCCAGAGGGAGGCCAGCCUCGUCCCUGAAGCCUUAGGGGAGGGGCUGGGCAAUGCCUGCAGACCCGGCAGUGAGGCCGAGCUCCCCCUGGCCGCCUGCACCAGUGACUUGGGUGAUGAUCGGGGGACCAUCCGCGGGGUCGCCCACGACAUGGAGCUGCAGGAGUCUGGCAUCACCGACAUCCUCCGCCAGACGCUGCCCCUGCUCGGGGUGCGGGGCCGGGCCAGCCUCCAUCCAACAGCCCUGCGCUGCGGCGUCCGCCCCGGCCCCGGCCCCGGCCCCUUCCUCUUCCUGGGCUGCACCGUCCCGGGGGCCUGGCUGGGCUGCGCCCUCCGCCUGCAGGAGUUGCUCCCAGCCUUCCUGCCGCCUGUGCCGCCCACCUCCUCCCCUGUGGGCGGGCGCUGGACUGAGGGGCCUGGGGUGGGCGGAGCCACACCCUGGCACCCCUGCUUCUGAGGCGGGGCCGUCAUGAAGGACGAGGACUACACUGGCUGCCGCGCACCUGGUGUCCUGCCCUGGGCCCGCCUCCCUCCCGCACCCUCCCCAGCCCGGGCUCCCUCCACAGGGCCCGGGGGGGGGGGGGGGGGCUGAGGCCCCUGCUACCCCGCGCCACUCCCCUGCUUCCUCUCUGGCUCCUCUUUGCCCCCCACCCCGUGCCAGGUGCUUCUGGGACUCAGAGCGGGAGCGGAAGGGGCCGUCAUUCCGGAGCCCAAGGUGGGGGGGUCCCCUGGACGGGUGGGGGUAGCUGGUGCCCUGCUCGGCUCUGUGCCAGCUCCUCUGGGUUCGCCGGAGCCCCAGCCUGCCCUCUGGGAAGGAUGGGCCACUGUGUCCGGAGGGCCUGGACGUGGUGCCCUGUUGUCGACGCUGAGGGGAACACAGGUGUGACUUAGGCCCCCGCACCUGUCUUCCGGGGCUGGUCAGGCUGGGGCCCAUGUGUGGCAGGCACGGGAGUCCCUCUGCAGGCAGUGGCCUUGGACACCCCUUGGUCUAGGAGCAGCCACCAUCCCUGCCGCACCAGGGACACGAACACCCCAGAAGGGGCGGGGCCAGGGUCCCCUGUGCAGACAAGCCUCGGCCCAGGCCGCACACCCCCCAUGUCCCCCGCUGCAGGGCUGCCCCGCGGGGGGACCCAAGACCCCCAGGGUCUGCACGCCGCCCCACCCCUGCUGAGCCCCUUCCCCGCCGGGAUCCCAACUGCGGGCUCCCUGGGCUCAGCCAUGCUGGGCUCCCCUCCCCCCAGGGGCGUCUG